GGCAUGGCCAGCAUCUGGUCUCAGUCACGUGGUUCUUCCCGUUGGACCCGGUUGGUGUGUGUUGGAAAGGUCAGUUUAGUGUUAGGAACCGGGGGCCAGUACAAACCCCCAUCAUGUGGAACGGUGCACUGAUCGUGAUCGUGCUGUUGUCGCUGUUGUACUGCUGUUGGGAUGCUCGGAAGCCGAAAAGAUUCCCCCCAGGCCCCUACUGGCUCCCGUUCAUCGGCAGUGGUUUGGUGAUGCUGAAGCUUGUCCGAUCCCUCCACUACUUCCAUCUAAUGUGGUCCAAACUCUGCCACCAGUACGGUCCAAUCGUUGGAGUGCGCUUCGGUCAGGAUCGUAUCAUCGUCGUGUCGGGCCGUGAAGCGAUCCGUGCCAUGUACGCGAAAGAUCAGUUCGACGGCCGUCCCGAUGGGUACUUUUUUCGCAUGCGUUCGUUCGGCCAGCGGCUCGGCGUAGCGCUAACGGAUGGUCCACACUGGGAGGUGCAGCGCAAGUUUGCCGUGCGCACGAUGAAGCAGCUCGGCAUGGGCCGGAACGACUUUGUGCGUGUGAUCGAGCGGGAAGUGCAGGAGCUGGUGGAAAACUUCCACCGGCGGGCGGUGAAGGGAGAAACUUUCCCGAUGAGUGGCUCGAUGGAUGUGGCGCUGCUGAACGUGCUGUGGGUUUUGCUGGCGGGGCAGAGGUUUGAGCUGGAGAAUGAACGGUUGGGCUGGUUGGCGGAUACCGUCCAUCGGACCUUUCACGUGAUCGAUGUGUCGGGUGGAACGUUGAACCGGUUCCCUUGGCUGCGGUACGUUUGUCCGGAGAGCUCUGGGUAUGGACCGAUGUUACGGCUGCUUAAGCCACUUUGGGGAUUUUUGAAGGAAACGAUCGAAACUAUUCGAAAGAAUCCACACUGUCCCAGUAGGCGCGAUAGUCUCAUCUCGGCCUUCCUGGUGGAGAUGUCCCGAACCGAGCGUCACGAAUCGUUUACCGAAUCGCAGCUCGUCAGCCUUUGCUUGGAUCUGUUUCAGGCCAGCGUUGAAACCAUGAGCAGCGUGCUCGGGUUUGCCUUUCUGUACAUGCUGCACCACCCAGACGUGAUGCGGAAGGUACAGCAGGAGCUCGACACUGUCAUUGGACCGGAUCGGUUACCGACGGCUAACGAUAGACCCUUGCUGCCAUACACGGAGGCCGUCAUCCUAGAGGUGGAACGCAUAGCGACCGUCGUACCGGGCGGGCUUGUCCACCGAGCUAUGGAGGAGGUGGAACUGUGCGGGUACCGGAUACCGAAGGAUGCCAUCGUGAUGCCACUGCUCUACUCGCUCCAGAUGGAUGCGGACUAUUGGAUCGAUCCGGACGUGUUCCGGCCGGAACGGUUCCUCAGCGUGCAGGGUGACCGGGUGAUGCAGCACGAUCUGUUCAUACCGUUCGGGGCGGGUCGGCGCCGCUGUCUUGGCGAGUCACUGGCCAAACCGGCCGUUUUUCUGUUCUUUAGCGCGAUAAUGCACCGGUUUGAAAUUGCAUGUGAAGGGAAGGAGCUGCCAUCGCUGAACGCUGUCGAUGGUAUUACGUUGUCACCGGUACCGUACACACUGCGGCUGGCAGAACGGGUGUGUAGCCCCUUCGUGAAGAAGGAACAGUGUUGCAAAAUUUGUGGCGAAACCGAGGGGCCGAUGGAAUCGAUCUUUUGCAAAGCGGACGACACUGCCAUGCUGAACAAAAUCUACAAAUGCACCCGGGUGGAGGUGACACCGGUUUGUGGCUUGAUUUCCCCGGUCUGUGAGCACUGCCAUCGACGGAUCGAUGCGUUCGACGAGAAUGCACCGCCAAAGGUGAUAGAGUACGUGAUCAAGACCGAUCUGGACCCGGAACCGCUCGACUAUGAUCCACUGAAUGUAGGCGACAUGUCCGAUCCGAUGGGUGAUGAUGAUCUUGAUGACGAUGAAGCACUUGACCACGAGGAGGAGGAGGAGGAAGAAUCUGCUCUGGAUGAGGAAGUGGAUGAGCACACCAACUCCGAGGAAGAGCCCCGCAAACGCGGACGUCCGAAACGUGCCGCCCGGGGCGCAACGUCGAAAAGCCCAAAGCAGUGCGAAGUGUGCGGCAAGCAGGUGAAGUACAUGGCGGAACACAUGCGGCAGCAUCUGAUCGAAUCGCAGCAUCCCUGCCCACACUGCGACCGGACGUUCGUGCAGGCCAACAAUCUCCGCUACCACAUACGGAAGCAUCUCGGCGAGAAACCGUACGCGUGCAAGCAGUGCAAAAAGCGAUUCUACUGCGAGGCACACCUCAAGUCGCAUAUGCGUGUGCACGGACCGCAGGGCCUGUUCCAGUGUACCGUCUGCUCGAAAAGCUUCAACCAGGAGUGCAACCUGAAGAAGCAUUUGCGUGUGCACACGGGCGAAAAGCCGUACGUGUGUGAUAAGUGCGGGAAGCGCUUCAACAGCACGUCCAAUCUGCGCAACCAUGCCCGGCUGCACACGGAGGAGCGGCCGCUGACGUGCGAUCACUGUGCGAAAAGCUUCGUCGAUGUGCAUCAUCUGCAGCGGCACAUUCGCGUCCAUACGGGGAUUUCUUGUGGAUAUAGCAAUUAUCUUGUAGAUUUUCAACAGAACCGGAAAGACUUGUCGUGUAGUGUAAAGCAAAACAGUGAUGAAGUAGAAUUUAGAGACAAACUUGCACUGCUGCUUCACACAUUGAAGCAGGAAGCACAUUGCGUGACGAUGCGAUCGGCACGCAUCACCCUCCGAACGGUCAUCGAACCCAAACGGUGCACGAACUGCAUUUUGAGAACAAAGAUGGUGUCUAUAUUUAAACACCCGCAGGUCCUUGCCUUCACAUCAGAGCUCAAGUGCAUCCUGAGCAAGCAACGCCAGUCCUUUGGAAGAGCAUCCAGAACGAUCCUCACAAUGAUCACACUUACGUUGGCAGCAUUGGCGCUGAUUUUGCUGGUAGCAUUUCUCGUGAAGGAACUAUGGCGUCCAGCAAACUAUCCUCCGGGUCCGAGAUGGUUGCCGAUCGUGGGGAAUACACCACUGAUACGCAGGAUGGCCUCCCAGCACGGCGGACUGUUGGCGAACGUGUUCGAUAAGCUGUCGGAAUCGUACCAGAGCAGCGUGAUAGGCUUGAAGCUGGGCCGUGAGCGUGUGGUGGUGGGUCUGGGAUACGAUGAAGUGAAGGACAUUCUGUGCAACGAAGCGUUCCAGGGUCGGCCGGACAAUUUCUUCAUUCGGUUGCGUACAUUGGGAACAAGAUUGGGCAUCACCUGUACAGAUGGAUCGUUCUGGAACGAGCAACGCAGCUUCGUCACGCGACACCUCCGCCAGGUGGGCUACGGACGGCAGGCGAUGCACGAACAGAUCCAAACCGAGCUGACCGAACUGCUGGACGUGCUGGACACCCGUGCGGAGCAACCGCUCUGGCCAGGAUCGAUCCUCGCGCUCAGCGUCAUCAACGUGCUGUGGACGAUCGUGACUGGCUCUCGAGUGGCCCGAGAAGAUGACCGUUUGCAGCGACUGCUCGAGUUACUGCAGGAACGCUCGAAAGUGUUCGACAUGGCCGGUGGAACCUUAAACCAGCUGCCCUGGUUGCGUUUCAUCGCCCCGGAAUGGAGCGGCUACAAUCUGGUACGUCGUUUCAACAAGCAGCUGACUGAGUUCUUCUAUCCCACGAUCGAGGAGCACAAAGGAGACUUUACCGAGGACAGGGCGGUGGACGAUCUUAUCUAUGCGUACAUCAAGGAAAUGCGCGACCGGGAAGGAACCUCCAACAAUGGCAGCAACUUCACCGAGGUGCAGCUGACGAUGAUCAUCCUGGAUAUAUUCAUCGCCGGUGGACAGACGACGAGUGCCACGCUUGAUCUCGCGCUCAUGAUGAUGAUCGUUCAUCCGGAAGUGCAGGACAAGGUGCAUCGGGAGAUUGAUAGUCAGCUGGAGCCCAACGCCAUCCCUCAUUAUGACGAUCAGCUGAAGUUGCCGUAUGUUGAGGCAUUCCUGCUGGAAGUCCAACGUUACUUUAGCAUCGUUCCGGUGAAUGGACCAAGACGAGCAGUCGUUGACUGUACACUGGGCGGGUAUCGAGUACCAAAGGACACGACCGUGCUGAUGGGACUGCGCAACGUGCACAUGGAUCCGGAGCAUUGGGGCGAUCCGGAAGUGUUUCGACCGGAACGGUUCCUGGACGAGCAGCGGCAGAUCGUCAACACGGAACGGUUGCUGCCGUUUGGACAGGGCAAGCGACGGUGUCUGGGGGAAACGUUGGCACGCUCGUGUCUGUUUACGUUCUUCGUGGGUGUGAUGAAGCGUUUCUGUCUGGUGGGGACGGACGAAGCGUCGGAGGAUGGCACGAGUAUGGCACCGUCGUUGACGCUGAAGCCAGGAAUCACUCUAUCGGCGAAACCGUACCAUGUGGUGUUUCAGCCGAGAAGAAACCAGAAAGGACGUUUGCAAGAAGAGAUUAAGGAAAGGAUAAAUUAUGCACAAUAAUUUUAAAUUUAUAAUAAAAUGUAUAAAAGCAAA